AUUAAGAAAUAUUCUGUGAUCCUUGUAUUUGCAGACGAUGUCAGCAUUAGGGCUACUUUUGUUAGUUGGCGUGCAGGGCGCCACCAUAAUAAACAUUAAAUACCCGCCGGAGAGCCUACGGAGCACUCAGCUAGCCAAGCGUGAUCUGAGUCUGAGCUAUGCUGCCACCAACAUUGACUCUAAAGAGGGCACGCGUGUGAAGACCAUUACGGUGAUCAAGAAUGUGAACGGAGGCGGGUCGAUUGGCAAAUCAAGUGCGCAGCAAUCGAGGCUGGCCAUCAAUCCCGAGCUGCAUAAGAACGAAGAAUGGGCGAACGCAUUUCGGGAUAACUUUGAGAGCUACGGCGUGCUGCCCGAGGUGCCGGACAUAGAUGACCUGUUUGACUUUGUGAAUGGCAAGAAGUCCAGUUCAGUGCCAGAAAAAGAUGCCAAGGAGCACAAGGAGGAGCAAACGCCAAAAGCUGUUGAGACCACCACGGUAAAAGCAACCAGCGAACAGGCAGAGGAUGUAGCAGACAGCGACGAGGCAACGGCAGUCGUUGAGAAAAUCAAAGGCGAUGCCGAGCUAUUGCCCCACAUCAAGCAGGCCAACAUAUUACGUCUGCAGGCACUCGGACAGCAGCCAGACCAGGGCAAGCGCCUACGCACACGCGAAUCUCUUAUCAAUGUCAACUACUCCACACCCAUGCAUUCGGUAAGCCAGUUCUUUGAGAACUAUGUGCAGGUGCUGCCCAAUGGCUAUGACUACAGCAAGCCUCAGCCACAACCAUGCGCUCAGCCAGCGCCGCCAAACAGUAUUCAGGUGACGACGCCGUCAGGACGCCACUACGACAUACCGCAGAGCAACAGCAGCGGCACUAACGGCGGCGCAAGGUAUCCCUAUAUAGCACCAGCAGUGGCCAAGCGAACGCAAAUAUCGCCAGCAGCGCCGCCUCAGGCCCAACCACAACCGCAGCCGCCAAACUAUGCCACUGUAAACUCGAUUGUGCCGCCAAUUGUACAACAACAGCAGCCGCAACCUCCGCCGUCGCAAGUAAAUCCUCAAGUCAAUGUGCCGCAGCAGCAGCAGCCACAGCCGCAGUUGCCGCCUUUGAAUGUGGGCGCAGGUUCAGGAGCAGUAAGAGGUGGCAGCGUUUCCACCAGUCAGCGACCUUAUGUGGCGCCAAGUUUGCGUAACAAUGGGCUGGGCAUCAAUCGGGGACCGCCUACGCCGCAGCCGCCGCUGUUGCCUGACUAUAGAGCUGGCAAUACGCCCAGUUAUGGUGCAAACAAUGGCUUUAAUCGCCCGAACUCAUUCCGAUCGCGUGGCUUAAAGUAUUAA